AUGAGGUCAGACCUUGCGGAAUACGGCCGCAUCGGCCGCUACUACGCUGAGCAGAGCAUGCUCGUGACCUACUCGCAACAAGAUUUUGGGACGUCCGCAUCUCAUGUGGAUGAGAAAGCCAUAGCCGUCCUGGACCCUGCGACAGGCAAGUACAGCGAGGAGCUUCGUAGGAGAUUUCCCGAGAUUGCUUUUGUAGGGGUGGUCGAGGUGAUUAUCGUCCUGAUUCAGAGUCCUCCCAGCAGCUCGGAGCUGACGCCGUCCUACGGAAGGACUUACUUUGACUUACUGACUGACUUGCGGGCGUUCUUGACCGAGGCUUUAGAGGAGCACCGUGCUGACGAUCAUCGGAAGUGCGGAGCCAAUCCUACAUUCAUGCUCGAUGAGGGAGGGGCAGGGCAGGCUUCCAUAUCGGAGCAGAUUCAGGAGGCGUUCGAGAAGCUUCCCAAUGAGGACCAGCAAAAGAUAAAAUCCUGCCUCUCGCCUGAGGAUCAGGCCAAGGUUGAAGCGCUCAAGUGCCUCGCCCGCGAGAACCUCCUUCGAGCGGCGGCCAACGGGGAGCUCGAGCGGGCGCUGAAAGAAAUCAAGGAAAAGCACUCCACACACGUCCCUCCGCCACCGCCAGCGUGA